UCCUCCUCCGUUGCCGAGCGACAGAGGAAGCUUGGAUCUCGCCAUCAUCAUCCCAGCUCUGCUAACCAGCUUGCUAGCCGACUUCUACUCCUAUCCCCCCCCCCCAACCAAAGCAAUGGAGGUGUCGAUGGACCCUUUGUUUCUGGCGUUGAGCUAUUUCAGGAGGCGAAGGCUCCAACAAUGUUCAGAUAUCUGCACUAAGAUAUUACAAGACAACCCGUACGACCAGGACUCAUCCUUACUUAUCUCAGAGGCUGCGUGGAGCUUGAAAACCCGUGCUCUUACAGAGAUGGUAUACAUAGAUGAGAUUGAGGUGGACCAGGAGGGGAUUGCUGAGAUGAUGCUGGAUGAGAGCUCUAUUGCUCAAGUUGCACGACCCGGAACAUCACUGAGGCUCCCUGGAACAAGCCAGGGUGGAGGUCCCACACCGGCUGUCAGGCCCAUGACACAAUCAGGGCGUCCUAUCACAGGAUUUGUGAGACCCAGCACACAGUCAGGGCGUCCUGGGACAAUGGAGCAGGCCAUCAAGACCCCACGCACUGCAAGUACUGCUCGUCCCGUCACCAGCGCUUCAGGCAGAUUCAUCCGUCUGGGAACAGCUUCAAUGUUAACCAAUCCAGAAGGACCAUUUAUAAACUUGUCGAGACUAAAUCUGGCCAAGUAUUCCCAAAAGCCUAAUUUAUCCAGGACAUUGUUUGAAUACAUCUUCCAUCAUGAAAAUGAUGUAAAAAAUGCUUUAGAUUUGGCUGCUCAAGCUACUGAACAUGCUCAGUUCAAAGACUGGUGGUGGAAAGUUCAGCUAGGGAAAUGCUACUACAGGCUUGGUUUGUAUCGAGAAGCAGAAAAACAGUUCAGAUCAGCUCUUAACCAUAAAGAGGUGGUGGAUACAUAUCUCUACCUUGCGAAGGUGUAUCAGCGCCUGGAUCAACCAAUAACAGCACUCAACCUUUUCAAGCAAGGUCUGGACCACUUUCCUGGUGAGGUUACUCUUCUAACAGGAAUUGCUCGCAUACAUGAGGAGAUGAACAACAUCUCAUCAGCCACAGAGUAUUACAAAGACGUCCUGAAGCAGGACAACACUCACGUGGAGGCUAUAGCCUGUAUAGGCAGCAAUCACUUCUACACUGAUCAGCCUGAGAUCGCCCUACGCUUCUAUAGACGGCUACUCCAGAUGGGGGUGUAUAACUGCCAGCUGUACAACAACCUGGGCUUGUGCUGCUUCUACGCCCAGCAGUACGACAUGACUCUGUCCUCAUUUGAGAGGGCUCUGGCCCUGGUGGCCAAUGAUGAAGAGCAGGCCGAUGUGUGGUACAACAUAGGACACGUGGCUGUGGGCAUAGGGGACUUGACGCUGGCCUACCAGUGUUUUAAACUGGCUCUGGCUUUUAAUAAUGACCACGCUGAGGCCUACAACAACCUGGCUGUGCUGGAACUGCGCAAAGGUCGUAUCGAACAGUCUAAAGCCUUCCUGCAGACGGCUGCAUCACUGGCCCCUCACAUGUAUGAGCCACACUUCAAUCUCUCCAUUCUCUCUGAAAAGAUUGGAGACCUUCAAAGCAGCUACACUGCUGCCCAAAAGUCUGAGGACUCCUUUCCGGAGCAUGUCGACACUCAGCAGCUUCUUAAGCAACUUCGGCAGCACUUUGCGGUGCUGUGAGCGUCCGACCAGCAUGCUUAGAAAGCAAGGUGCUGUUUGAAUAAUGUAGUUGUCAAAGAUAAUAGAUGUCGGUCUGCAGUGGCAUCCAUGAGGCUUCAGAACAAAAAGUUAUCACGGAUGACGUUGGCAGGUUAGCCAGACAUGGAAAUUCACAAAUGGGCAAUAGUUUUGGUUUGUAUUUAUUUAUCAAAUGGUACGUAUACACUAAAUUGCCAGUCUAUUUAGUACAUCUAUAAAAUAGUUUAACAGAGUGUGUUGUUGUAACCCACUGGAGACAGUCCCACAGUAUGUGGUGCAUUUUCAGGUAAAAUUCUGCACACCAGUGUUGAAUUUGGAUGCUACUGGCCUUGUAAUGGCGUGUCUGUUCAUUUGCAAUUUUCUGGCCAUUCUCCUUUGAGUCAUCUGAUCCAUAAGCUGUUUUUACAGUUUUCAGAAUAAUGGUCUGGUAGUUGUUUGCUUUUCACAUCAUUCUUAAUAAAUCCUUGCUACAGCAGGGUGUGAAAAGGCCAACAAGACAGCUGUUUUGGGAAUUAGCUCCAGUAGUUAGGUGAACACUACUGUUUUUUAUAGUCUAUGUAAUGAUAAAUGUCUGCGACAUUUGCAAGCGUAACAACUCAAUGCUAACUGAUGAUAUAAAUGCGGUUUUGUCACUCAACAUAUGACUAGUAGAAAUGUACAAUUUAUGUGAAGGUGGGUGUUUUCCUGAUAAACUAGUAACCUAGUGUACAUAUCUGUAUAAUAGUAAUUCAUAUGUACAUAGCAAAGGUAAAAAAAAGUAUUUAUUACAGGUUAACUUACAUUUUAUAGUUAAUUUCAUAAAUCAGAUGUAUUUUUCGUAUUUUGACCUUCCUUUCCAUUUUGUUGUCUCCACAAUUAUUGACAUGACAAUAAAAAGAUUCUGAAGAUGAAGUGUAAAA